AUGCAUCGCGCCUUGGCUCCAAAGGAUCCAGUGCAUCUUCCUGAAGUCUGUGAAGAUGAGCCACCGUGCGAGCUGCCCAGUUGGUGCUCUCCUCCUGAUGUCGCGCUAGGCGAUGCCAGCAUUGAAAUCUGGCGGAUGCCAUCAGGUUCCCCUGCAGCUCCAGAGCCCAUCAUUUUUGGCCGCCGUCCCUGGGUCCACUUUGGACGCCGACAGCAGUGUAAGGUCGAUAGGCAGCCGGAUGUUGAACUGCACACCCGGACCGCUUCCAGAAAGCAGGCCCUCCUGCUGCGGAAUUUUCACGGACAGGUCUUCCUAUUGGAUAUGGGUUCCUCACAUGGGACCUACCUCGGAAGGCAGAAGCUGGCAGCGAAGACUCCCAAGGAGUGGAAACCUGGUGUGGUGCUCUUCUUUGCAGAUGCCAACACCGAAACCUUCGAACUGAGACCGAGGCAGCUUAGGUAUCCAAGUCCAACCAGCCGCCUGCUGGAAGCAAAGCCAGUGGCAGCCCCGGGCCCCACCGGCAUCGCAGGAAUUGCCAGCAUGGUGGUAGGCCGCAACUUUGCAGGGGCCCGGCGGAUGAUGGGAACUCAGCUAGGUGAGGAGAUUGCAGUCAAACCGAAAGUGGUGGAUGUGGUCGAAGUGACAGAUGAGAAAGCUCAGAAAGACCAAGAAACUGAUCCUGGAAAUCAGGUACAGGGAGAAAAAUUGUACCCUGGAGAUUGGGAAGUUCCUGCCGAUGGACUUUCAAGCAUUGGCUGGAAGCCUGAAGCGCAGAAGGAUUCCAAGCCACAUCCAUCCGACCAAGCAGAACCAGCAAGCACAGGGCCUCCCACUGCCCUGCGGAUCGACCCUGUGUUCUCAGGUGGUUCUCUGGCAGCGAGAUUGGAGCAAGUGAUGUCCAAGUGCCUGGGACCUGACGUGAUCGGCACCUUGCGAUCAAAGGGUCCCAGGUAUCCAUGUCCAGAGCGACCUGACUGGCAGCUGAACCUGUGGUCUGGAAGAAGUCGACCCUAUGAUCCAACGCAACCAGCCCUUGUGGUGAUCAAAGCAGCGGUGAAAAUGUCAGUUGGAUUGACCCGACAGGUGACCCUUGAGUGGCUCAGCACCAAUUUGCCGGCAGAUUCUCAGCUGUUAGUUCGCUUCACUGAUGCACCCCUGGAGUUGGCGGAACCUGCAGAGGCUGGGUGCUGGCAGCUGGAUUUGCCCCUCGCAGUUUCUGGCAAUGCAGGUGUGGUUAGCUUAAGCAGCUUUCAGCCUCUACCCAAGAAGCUGUUUGUUCGACUCUGCAGCUGCGCACCCCGCAGAAGUGGCGACGUUUUGCUUGGGGGAGUCUUUGGUUCGACCUUGCGGCCUUUGGACAUAGAUGGUGAUGAGUGGGAGCUGAGCCCCUCAGAUGUUACUGGCAAGUUGGGAGCACAAGAACAUGCUCCUCUUGCAAGUAAGACCACCAAGAGACCGGCCCUGGCAUCACAGGUGCAAACACCUCUUGAGACAAAGCCCAGGGUGAUCAGUGUUCCGCCGGCAAAAUGCGAAACAGCGACCAAGGGUGCGGACAUAGAUGCGGGAAGUGUGAGUUGUGUGGAGAGUGGUACUGAAAGCAGUGAACGGAGCCCCGUGAGCCGCGUCAGUACAGAGCUUGGGUCGGAAGAUGAGGAUGAACCGAAGAAAUCAGCAGAUACCAAAGCUCAGAUUCCAAGAGGUGAAGGAAGCAAUCAAGCAAAGGUUUCAAAGGAUAGAAGCGGGAAGGAAUUUCAAGAAGCCAAAGGAGGGACAGUAUUCAAAAAUAAAGCCAAAGGAGGGACAGAAGUAAAAAGCAAAGUGAGAGACAGGAGUCCCUCAAGACGUGUCAAAACGGCUGGCCUUUCCAAGCGCCCUGCCUCGAGAAAGCAAACAGCUCCCCAGCGCACAGGAUUCAAAGGGAAAACCCAACACGGCAAAACAUCUCUCUCGCCAAAAGUGUCAGGCCGUAAACGUUUGAAGAUUUUGCCAAGUGACAGCGAAUCUGAAGGCACCAGGUCAGGGCAGGAGGAAGAACUCAUGCAACUGCCUGCCUCACAGCUGGUGGCACGCAUGAAGGCUGGCAUCAUUGCCAAGCGCCUAACCUCACCUGAUUUCAAGCAUGGCCGCCUAAGGGCGGCAUAUUCCAAAGCGUUGGAUUUGCUUUGCGAUGAGGCUGAUGAGGGCUGA